AUGGAGGUCAAAAGGCAUUUUUCCUGGCGCUCACUAGUCACCAUUGCUGCGCUCUGUCUCUUUCAUGUCACCGCCGGGGAAACAACGUUGGGUCAAACCCCACAAAUGGGCUGGAACUCGUGGAAUACCUUCAAGGCCAUUAUCAAUGAAUCUGUUAUUCACGAAACUGCCCGGCUUUUUGGUACGCUUGGACUACAGAAAGCAGGAUACAACUACGUUGUCAUUGAUGACGGGUGGGCGAACCACUCUCGUACUGCAGACGGAUAUCUACAAGCAAAUGUUACCGGAUUCCCAUCUGGUAUCAAGGCACUGGCAGACAAAGUUCAUGCUCAGGGCUUGAAGCUCGGCAUUUACAGUGACAGUGGAAUUUUGACGUGCGAUUUCAAACCGGGUAGUUGGGGUUACGAAGAGCGAGAUGCACAAACUUUCGCAAGCUGGGGUGUAGAUUAUCUAAAAUAUGAUAACUGUGGUGGUUUCGAAGGAAUGACGGAGGCGUCUCAAGUCCGAUUUGGCACAAUGAAAAAUGCUCUUGAGCUUUCUGGUCGAAAAAUCUUUUACUCGGUGUGUGAAUGGGGGUUCCAAUUUCCAUGGCGCUGGGGAGGAGGAAUUGGCCACUCCUACAGAAUCUCUGGUGAUAUUACCGCUUCCUUCACCAAUGAGACCGGAUGCGCAUGCAAAACUGCCUACUGUCUCAACACAGGGUACGCUGGCUGCUCUGUUUUGACUAUCAUCAACAAGAUGCGAGAGAUUAGCCAGUAUGGCGUUCAAGGGCAUUGGCUAGAUAUGGAUAUGUUGGAAAUCGGAGUCGCCAACAUGACUCUUUAUCAGCAACAGACCCACUUCACGUUUUGGUCAGCCCUCAAGUCGCCUUUGAUUAUUGGUGCCGAUCUCAGUAGAUUGUCGAAUGAGAGUCUGGCGAUUCUCACGAACAAGAACAUCAUUGCUCUCAACCAGGACUCUCUUGGAAAACCCGUCAGCUAUGUAGAAACAUUAAGUGAAGACGGGCUAUGGCAGGUCUGGGCUGGAAACAUUGAGAGUGGAUAUGUUGUCCUUCUAUUGAAUGAGAAGAGCUACCCUCAGACUAUCUCUCUUCAAUUAUCGAACCUGGGACUUGGGACCCCCCGCAAGAUUGUUGAACUGUGGUCCGAAAAGACAUUGAAGACGAACGCAUUUAAUGGGACCCUUCAACCUUAUCAGACUCUUGUAUUCAAGAUAGACACUGCCUGA